CUCGCCCCCCUGCGUAGCCGUUGUUGUGGCUCAAGACAGAUUUUGGAAAUCGGACUCCGAAGCGCUUCCGCCCAGGCCUGCGCGGAGCUCUGGCAGGGACACCCGGCUCAAGAGAACUAGGGAACUUUUUACGAUCCCUCGAAACUGGCAUCGUCAAAACGGAACUCAGAGGGAGCGUUUCCGUGGAUGCCGGCGCCGAUUGCGGAUGAAUCCGAGGGCAUGGCUGAUUCGUUCGGCGUGGUCCUCAUCCUAACUGCUGCCCUGGUGUGCACGUUCGCGUGCACCAUGCAGCACAAAUUUCAGGAGUGCGUUGAGAUCGUCGGAAACCCGGCGCAGAUCACCUCGCCAGGUACUCUGUUCUGGCUGCGGAUUCUGUCCGGGCGCAUGCGCUCGCGCUGGUUCGGUGCCCUCACCGAAGUCUGGCUGCCCGUGGGGCUUCGCGCCCCACUGUUCCGGCUCUUCGCCUGGACGUACGGCGUGCACCUGGAGGAGGUCAAACACCCCUUGGAUUCAUUCCGGACGCUUAACGAUUUCUUUUGCCGGGUUUUGAAAGACGGCGCCCGGCCUAUCAGCGACAUACCGGCUGGGUUGGUGAGCCCCGUGGAUGGGCGCGUUCUCGCUGCCGGCGUCAUCGAGCAUGCAGACGCGAGGGUAGAGCAGGUCAAGGGCGCCACGUAUUCGGUCCCAGCCUUCUUGGGGCUCGACCCGUUCGAGUGCAAGGCCGAGAAGUCCGUUCUCCGGUAUGUGGUGCUGUAUCUCGCCCCGGGAGAUUACCACAGGAUCCACGCUCCGUGCAGGGCCACCUUCUCGCAGGGCAGGCACUUCUGCGGAGAGCUGUUCCCUCUGAAGCAGUGCAUCCUCAAGAAUGUCAACGACAUUUUCGCGGUGAACGAGCGAGUCGUGCUCUCUGGUGAGUGGGCCUUCGGACAGAUGCACCUCGUUGCGGUAGGCGCCAUGAAUGUUGGCAACAUCUACCUGGGUUCGUCUGAUUUUGACGAGAAGCUCAAGACGAACAGGCUCCGGGACAUCGCAGUGCACUGUGGCGGCGACGUGUCACAGAAGUUGUAUGAGGGAGUGGCAUUCGAGCCUGGUGGCAACGUUGGUGGCUUCCGCUUGGGCUCCACAGUGGUCCUCGUCUUUGACGCGCCCGAGUGCUUCCAGUUGAAGGUCAACCUCGGCGACAGCGUGAGAGUCGGUGAGCCACUGGGUGAAGUGACGCAGUGAACUCUUGCAGGCACAGUCUGUUGCACAAUGUAUCAGCUUGAACUACCCCCCUUCGCGAUGGGGUCUCUAAGAGAGCGAUUCGCGUUUUCGCCCCAUGUAGGUUUGGCCUCGUAGCCCAGUUCCUCUUAUUCCCCCUCAUCUGCAGACAUUCUUGUUCAUUCUUGACGGUUCUUUGACUGUCCUCCUGGUGCCCGAGACCGUGCCACCGGAGGACGGAUGCCGCGAGGUCGUAGGUCUGGUCCCCGCCUCGAUCCUCCUCGGGCUGCGCCGUGCACGGACGUCUCGCCGGCAGGGCGCGAAUUUUGUUUGUGUUGUUUCGGGCGGUUGCUGUGCCUCCUCUCUGCACGCCAAAAAUGGGUACUGAAUCCGCGCGGAGCGCCAAAAGUUUCUGUUGAUGCAGUUUUGUCUUCUAGGUUGGCUGCUCUGUCUCCCCGGUGCUGCGUCAUCUCUUAUAGUGGACCUUGCGUCAGCCACGUCAGGCCCGUAUCUGAACAUGUGUGGCACAGCUUGCCUGGCGCACGCGUAUUUCUAAAUACUCUUUGUGCGCUUCUCGAUUGUGCCCCGUGCUGAAA